CAGCACAGUUGUCACCCCUAAAUUUACUUAUUAAAAAAAGGGAAGAAGAUAAUUAAUUUUAAAUAAAAGAAAAGAAAAGCACAAAAGUUAAGUUUUAGAUUCCCCAAAUCACCCCGGCAAUCCCUAACCCCUUCAUCACUGAUCCCGUUUCUCUACGGUCGCCGCGAUUCAUAUUUCCCGGCCAGCGAACUUCACAAUUGUUCUCCGGCCGCCGCCGUCGCCGUCGCCGUCUCCAUUGCCUGCGGAUUUUGAAGCAUAAGAGAAGAAGGGCCCUGGAUUGACCAUUCCAACAAGUUGUCCACGUAGCUUUCUGGGUUGCGAACUAUAAUUGACACAUAAGGAAGCGUCUGCACUAGGCAGACUCCAUGUGCGGAUGAUCUGUUACUUGUUAAGUCGAGGAAUGAAUGCUUGUUAAGGACUUGAUUAGCUGAUCUUCCAUCGUAGGGUUUCAUGCUCGAGCUAUUAUCGGCUUGGCAAAGGACGAAUUCGCUUCACUUUAAAGUAGGUGUGCAAUGGAAUUGAAUGCUAACGUGUCCACAAAAAGGACAAUAAACCCUAGGAAGACGGAUAUCGGAGGUAAACCCUUUAUACUCAUCAUUUGUGGCAGCCUCGUUUACUACCACUGUGCCUAUCGGAAUUCUAGUCUCGUCUCUCUCAUCUCAGACGUCUUUAUUGUACUCCUUUGUUCCCUCGCCAUUCUCGGACUCCUCUUUCGCCAGAUGAACAUCUCGGUACCUGUGGAUCCUCUUGAGUGGCAGAUCUCUCAGGACGCUGCCAACAUGUUUUUUGCCUGCCUCGCCAAUACUAUCGGUGCUGCUGAGUCUGUUCUACGGGUUGCUGCUACUGGCCAUGAUAAGCGCUUGUUCCUUAAGGUUGUGGCUGCUCUGUAUGUUCUAUCAUCUCUUGGAAGGAUAGCAUCGGGUGUUACCAUUGCCUAUGCUGGACUCUGCUUUCUUUGCCUUUACAUGCUCGCUGAGAACUUGCAAUUGAUUAGCUCGAGGUAUCCAAGGAGAAGAGACGGCACGAACACAGUUCAGGACGACUAAAUUGAUUUGAUCCGGUUCAAAAAGGAUGAAGGAAGGAGUCAAUGCAUUAUUUACAGCUCUUGCUUCUAGUUAUGCCAGGUUCAUCGCGUGUUAUUUGCCUUAUUAAUGUGAUUUCUCUUUCCAUUCAUGUCUGCAGUCUUGUGAUUUCCUUACAUGUCCCUGUAAUAUAUUCCCAGUCCUAUGAUCAUUGUCUCCCCAGUUAAAGGAUACAUGAUAUAAGUUGUUAGCUCACUGUUAACAAAAGAAAAGAAUACGCUUGUGAUGUGAAUUGAAAGAUAAGUAUUUUUUCUAAAUUGUACUUUA